UUCAGUCUCAUAUUAACACAGACAGACAGGGAGUCAGACAGACAGACAAGGGAGGAUACUGUCCAACUUCCGCGAGCAGCAACUAGAGAGUGGAGUGUCCUCAAACAAAAAUCAACGUCAGGAAAACACUGAGGAUUAUAUAACGGUAAUAGAUAAAGCGUGCAGCAGAGAGUGGAGUGUGCUGCCGCUGCUGUGAAGCUGCAGUCCUGAGGAAACUGCAGAAAUGUCCGCGUGUGAGUUUGAGUCGCUGGAGGACUGUCUGGAGACACACCUGCCUCAGGCUGAACUCACUGAGGUAAAACGCAUCUUAUUCGGGAAAGAAACCAAGAAGUUGGAGCUCCCGGCGUGUGCUGUGGAAGCUGCCUCCGAACAUGACUUUGAGCUGAAAGGUUACAGGUUUGAAGCUGCGCAGGAACAACUGAGGCCGCCCCGGAGGAUCCGGGUGGGACUCAUACAGCACCGUAUUGUUCUGCCUACUGAUGCCCCCAUCCUGGACCAGAUCAAUGCCAUGCACAGUCGGGUUGGUGAAAUGGUGGAGGUAGCAGCCAUGUGCGGUGUAAACAUUGUCUGCUUUCAGGAGACCUGGACCAUGCCCUUUGCGUUCUGCACCCGUGAAAAAGAACCAUGGACACAGUUUGCAGAGUCUGCUGAAGAAGGAAACACCACACGCUUCUGCCAAGAGCUGGCCAAAAAAUACAACAUGGUAGUUGUUUCCCCAAUUCUGGAGCGAGAAGAGCUUCACGACACUCUGUGGAACACAGCGGUGGUGAUCUCCAACUCUGGAAAUGUGCUGGGAAAGAGCAGGAAGAACCAUAUUCCCAGGAUUGGAGACUUUAAUGAGUCUACUUAUUAUAUGGAGGGAGACACAGGCCACACAGUGUUCCAAACACAGUUUGGGAAGAUAGCUGUGAAUAUCUGCUACGGGCGCCAUCACCCUCUCAACUGGUUCAUGUACAGUAUGAAUGGAGCCGAGAUCAUCUUCAACCCCUCAGCUACUGUUGGAGCCCUCAGUGAGCCCAUGUGGCCUAUAGAGGCCAGGAAUGCAGCCAUAGCUAACCACUGUUUUACCUGUGCAAUCAACCGUGUUGGGACGGAAAAAUUCAAAAAUGAAUUCACAUCUGGUGAUGGGAAAAAAGCUCACCAUGACUUUGGACACUUCUAUGGAUCCAGUUACGUGGCUGCUCCUGACGGCAGCCGUACCCCGGGUCUCUCUAGAACCCGGGACGGACUGCUGGUGGUAGAAAUGGAUCUCAACCUGAACAGACAAAUCAGUGACAAAUGGAGUUUUAAGAUGACUGGGAGGUAUGCUGAGUACGCAGAGGAACUUAGCAAGGCUGUUAAACAAGACUUUAAACCCAACAUAGUGAAGGAGUAGAAGACAUUCCACAAAUUUCCUGCACAUUUAUUAUUACCUAUUUCAGUAUGAAACACACUGACACUGACUCACUGACAUUUAGUGUUUAUCAUUCUGUCACACUGAUUCAUUUUUGUCACCGUUUCAUCUCAUAAAAUUAAAAUUCUUGGUUCGUCA